CCUACCGUGUGCCUACCUUUCUGUCUUCGUUUUCUCGUCUCUCUUAAAUUCGUUUUUACGCACCAGGUUGGCCGUUCGUCCGUCCACCACCAAUACAUCCAUCUACUACCAGUCUUGAAAGAUCUGGCGUCUACUAUGCAUACUGUUGCACCGACAUCCGCCGUCUUGUUCUGCCUCAUGCCGUGAGGAGAUUUUGCCUUGAGGCCAUGAUAAUGCCAGACAUAGAGAACCCCCCGAAGCACGUCUCAUCCUGUGGCUGUAAUGUCGAUGGUGCGGCUCCAGGGAAACGAAUGGCCGCUCGGGAAACAAAACAGUGUCUACAGGCUUGCAAGCAGGUGUUCUUGGAGUCUAUAUCGGCAGACUGGACGGAAAGCUCAGGCUGGGACAAAGGCUGCCAGGCUCUGACGGGCCACUCACCCGACUCGCGUCUUUGGGAUCUUUACAAGUGCGACUCGAAGUUCUGCGGAGUGGCAAUCAUCCCGAUAGAAGGCCUGCAGCAAGAUCCAAACGUCGAUUUGAUCAUCAACACUUGCCAAAACAUUGGCUUUAGCUCUGUGCUAGAUCCAGGCCCGCCGCCCACUGAGUAUACGUGCGACGAAGGCCCAUGUUCGAGGACUCGUAUGUGGUCUGGCCCUGAUAAUCCUACAGCUACGGCCGGGGGCUCUUAUCAGGCUUCGGUGGUUAAAUCCAGCUAUCCAACUAUCACCCAGAGUUGGUUCACAUCAACCGUAUCCGUGCCGCAAGAUUCUACCACGGCUGUGACGAGAUCGUCCUCAGAUCAGAGUUCAGCAACCCCCGCUGCCUUGGGCGCCGGGAAAGUUGGACAGCCAAGCCAAUCAACCGCGUCUCGCAGUUCCUUGUCUGGGUCAUCCAAGGCUGCCAUAGCAGUUUGCUCCGUCCUUGGGCUCGUCAUCUUGUCAUUAUUGGCACUGCUAUAUCUCAGGCGGCGCCGGAAGAGCAAAGCGGCAUUUCCUGAGCGUGGUCUCCGCUCCCGCCUACGGUUGGGCCGCAAUGGUCCUCGAUCCGGCUCACCGCGGCCCCUCCUGAUAUCACCUGCCCACUCCACUGCCGGAAGUAUCCCGUCUCCGCUCACGCCUCCUCUUCGCCUUCGCGACCGCAGGUUCCUGCCUUCGAUUCUCCGUUCUAGAGAUAACCGCUCGCCAUCGCCCCCCUUGACACCUCUCACCCCUGCGUACAGCUCUACGCACAACAGUGCCCUCUUCCCGACCUCGCCCUUGUACUCUCCCACGGUCAACAAGCUCGUUCCGCGACAGGAGGCUGGGCGCAGAGCAUCAUUUCCGCGGGCAUACAACGGCGGUCUGCCCCCGAUUCCGCCUCAAAAUGCAUCCGGGGCGCCCAGUGGCCCAGUCCAUGGUUAUCACGCCAGCCGUGGAAGCAUGGGGAGUAGCAGCUUCGGCGCGAACUCUUUGACCGGGGGACACCCAUCGUCUCUGCGCAACGAAGUCCAGGCCGUGAACUAUAACUCGAUCAGCGGCGCACCACCUCCUCCGCCUCCUCCACCUAUCAGUUCCCCGACGCGCCCGCCUCGCCCGCAUGACUUUCCCCUCGAGAUCCCAGAUCUCGUGUCACCUAACCCGUCAUCGCCAGCAAUGACGCUGGCAUCACCGUUGCCACCCCUAGGCCCUCCUCCAAGCCGCGCGCUUCCAUCGCCGCCACCGCCGCCGCCACCGUCUCCGCUCUCCUCGGUGGCAUCUCCGGUCAGUGGCCGCAGCAGUCCAGGGCCGCUGCUCCGGAGCCUGACGCGCAGCGGCGUCUCGCACUACGAAUCCACGGCAUCCACAACUGCCGUAACGCCUCGUGACUUGGAAGACGUCGCUGAGGAAGAUUACCACGGCAACUACCCACGCCAAAGCUGGGACAGCUGGAGCGAGACGGGGCCCGGCAUGGACGGCGGUGGGGAGUCAAGAAUAGCACUUCUCCUGGCGUCGCCAUCUUCACCGGCGCCAUCCUCACCAGCAAGACAGAGCAGGAACAGUACCGGUGGAGGGGGCAACAGUAACAGCGGCGGCAAUAAUAACGACGGUAUUAAUGCGGCGGGGAUGGGGACAAUUGUGGGUAGAGAACGAGGAGAACGGAACGGCCAAGACAAUGACGAGAUACGGGCUGCCCGGGCGGCAGCUGCUCGUCAAGACUAUAGGUUUUGGGGAGCAAUUUAGAGGGUGGCACCGAUCUCUGACUAUCUCUACCCAACUCAACUUGGAUGCCUGGCAGCUAGCGGCCUCGCGUAUCCAACGUAGAUGUAUGGAUUUUUGUCUUUUGGGUGUGUAAGUUGGUCGGUGAAC